UUUUUAGUGGAAUGCAUAAACUUAAAUUAGCCUUUGCUUCUCAAUCAUCACAAGAACAUUGCCGAUUAAUACAUGCAAUAAUGGCUAAACAUGCAGAAACUGAACCAAUGAGAGAACAUAUUUAUGUUGCUUUAAAAGAAUUAUGGACAGAUAAAGGAGUUCAAUCUGCAAUGAGCAGAAAAUCAGAAUUUUAUGUUCCAGAUUGUGCUCAACAAGUAUUUGAUGUUGGGGGGCAACGUUCACAAAGGAAAAAGUGGAUACAUUGUUUUGAUGAUGUUAGAGCUUUAAUUUUUGUAACGGCAAUGAGUGAAUUUGAUCAAGUUUUAAUGGAAGAUGGAACUACUAAUCGUUUACAAGAAUCCUUACAAUUAUUUAAGCAAGUUUGUAAUAAUAAAUAUUUUAUUGAAACUUCUAUAAUUCUUUUUUUAAAUAAAAAAGAUUUAUUUGCUGAAAAAAUGAGUCAAGGACGGUCUUUAAGAAUUGCUUUUAAAGAAUUUAAUGGUCCAGAUAAUUACGAAUCAAGCUCUAGAUAUAUCGAAAAGAAAUUUUUUAUGGCAAAUGAAGUCCCUAAUAAAUCAAUUUAUUGUCACCAUACUUGUGCAACAGACACAAAACAAGUCCAAUUUGUUCUCGAUUCUACACUUGAUGUUAUUUUAAGUUCAAAAUUAAAAGGAUGUGGAUUAUAUUAA